AUGGGGAACUGCGCCGCCUCCCGCCUUGCCGGCGGCGGCGGCGGCGGCGACGGUGAGGACCCCGUGGCUGUGUGCCGCGACCGGAAGCGCCUCAUCAAGGCGGCGGCCGAGCGCCGGUUUGCGCUGGGCGGCGCGCACGCCGCUUACGCGGCGGCGCUCCGUUCCGUUGCCGACGCACUCGACGUCUUCGUCGCGCGCCACACCGCGCCGGCGCCGAUCCUCAUCACGCUCCCCACCCCCAGCAGCUCGCCCCCGGGUUCCCCCAAGCCAGCGCAGGUUCAAGUGCAGGGGCUUCCCUCUCCCGCCACGUCGCCGCCUCCGCAGCAGGAGGAGGGGGCCGAGGAGGAGGCGCCGGCAUCACCGGCCGCCGCGGAAGAUGGGGGCGGCGGCGUGCAGACGCCGGAGAUGGGCUGCCCGUACUACUACCCAUCCCCAGCGACGCCGCCCCCGCCCCCUGCGGCAUCGGCGGUCGGCGGGUGGGACUUCUUUAACCCGUUCUACGGGACGGAAGAGGUGGCCGCGGCCAUCAGCGACGAGGAGAUGCGAGCGGUGAGGGAGCGAGAGGGCAUCCCCGAACUGGAGGAGGCGGAGGAGGAAGAGGAGGGAGCGAAGGCGGUGGAAAUCAAGCCCCCAAAGGCAGAGGCCUCUCUUGGAGUCUUAACGCCCCAAGAAGAGGCUAAAGAUGUGUGCGAGAUGGCGGCGAACAACGGCGGGCUGGAGGUGGCCGUGGCGCCGCAGGGGCGCGAGCUGCUCGCGGCGCUCAAGGAGGUGGAGGAGCUCUUCGCGGCCGCCGCCGAGGCAGGCAAGGAGGUGUCUGGCAUGCUCGAAGCCGCCACGCGCAUCCCCGAGCUCAAAGAAAAUUCAUCAAAAAUAAUUCAUGCCAUCACAUGGCAUCGGUCUCCGUCAUCGGUAUCCUCAUCGUACAGGAGCGAGCUAGGAGCAAGCUCAAAUAGUUUGUCAUGGACAGACAAGAGUGAAACUAAGAGUGAUAUAUUCGAAGACUAUGGUGGAAUGAAGUCAGGAAGUCAUUCACAGACUUUGGGGAGACUGUAUGCUUGGGAGAAGAAACUUUAUGAAGAAGUCAAGGCUAUAGAUCAAAUCCGACAAACCUAUGAGAAGAAAUGUGUUCAGCUGAGGAACCAAGAUGCCAAAGGUUCAGAGCUGCGUUGUGCUGAAAAAACUAGGACAACUGUUAGAGACUUGUACACAAGAAUCUGGGUUUCUCUACGGGCGGCAGAAUCUAUAUCUGAUAGAAUACAAAAGUUACGGGAUGAGGAACUGCAGCCACAACUCGUUGAGCUGUUGCAGGGCUUUACAAAAUCUUGGAAAAUAAUGGUUGACUCACAUGAAACCCAGAGACAGAUUAUGUUUGAGGUGAAUUCAUUUACAUGUCCUGCUUAUGGCAAAUUCUGUAACGAUGCACAGCGUCAUGCAACUCUGAAGUUGGAGGUUGAACUGAGGAAUUGGAGAUCCUGCUUUAUUAGCUAUUUCAAUGCUCAGAAAGCAUAUAUCGAAGCUCUUGAUGGCUGGUUAUCGAAGUUUAUUCUGACCGAUACUAUCCGGUACUCCCGAGGAAUCUCAUCAAUUGCUCCAGAUAGAGCUGGUGCCCCAACUCUAGUUGUGAUUUGCCAUGACUGGUACACUACAAUGUCCAAGUUUCCAAACAAGCGGGUCGCCUUCACCAUGAGGAAUUUUCUCAGAAGUGUGAGAGUGCUAUGGCUGAAGCAAGGGGAAGAGCAACAGCAGAAAAGAAAGGUGGACAGCCUGGCAAAAGAGUUGGACAAGAAGGUAGCUGCCUACAAAAGAGCAGAGAACAGGAUCAUUGGCACCAAGCUUCUGGAGCAUAAGCCUGAGAUAGAUGCCAAGCAGCGCAUGGAACACUUGUCGGAGAAGAAAGAGAUGCUCAACGUCCUGAGGAAGAGGAUUGAGACAGAGAAAGCGAAGCAUCACACCUGUAUGCGGGAUACACACGAUGUCACUCUCAACGGGUUCAAGAUCGGCCUCGCCAGCAUCUUCGAAUCGUUGGCUGAGUUCUCGAAGGAUUCGGUGAAGCUCUACGAAGACCUUCUAGCACGAGCCCAUGACAAAGAUUCAGAGAAGGCUGCUACUGAUAAACGGCCCUGCGUCGGGGGGCCAUACUCGCACAUAGCGGUGGAUGCUACAUGA